UCUUUAGACGUCCAUAGUUCAUGAAUCAUAAUAUAUUUUAAUGUAUUAUUAAUAAAUACUUAUUUUACUUUUAUAGUAUGAAACAUGAAUAUUGAACACUUCAGUUCGUUUUAUUGUCUUGUUAAUUAGUUUUAAUUUAUCAGUAAUUUUAACAGUAUGUAGACACUAGACAUUGGGCAAUAGGCAUAUUAUCCUUAAGUAUUCUUGGUUAUCAUUAUUUAUGAUGGGAACAAAGUUUCUUAUGGUCAUAAUCAAAUAAUAUAGGAUUUAGAAGUAAUGUAAUUCAAAUUAGUGUAGUUAGAAACUGACAAUAAUGAUGAAAUUAGUUAAUGAUCCUUGUGGUAUAUUUUGCAUAUUAUUCACCUAUACCUCAAUCAUAUACGCUGACUAUGUAGUGAUACAAUGGGUUGUUUUGCACACCAUGCAAGACAGCUUAUGGGCUCCAUUUCACAUAGUGCUUUUCAAUACAUUUCUUUUGCUAUUGACAGUAUCACAUUUAAGAGCAAUGUUUUCUGAUCCUGGCACUGUACCUCUAUCACAUACCAACGGUUCCUUUUCAGACUUACGGCAAGUUAAUGAACCUUUAGUGAAAAGAGAAGAUUGGACUAUGUGUACACGAUGUGAAGCGUAUCGGCCUCCCCGAGCUCAUCACUGUCGAAUUUGUAAGCGCUGUAUUAGACGAAUGGAUCAUCAUUGUCCAUGGAUUAAUAAUUGUGUUGGAGAAAAAAAUCAAAAGUAUUUUGUCCAAUUUCUUUUUUUUGUUUGUAUUAUUUCUGCAUACACUAUCAUGUUAGUUAUCAUGUCAUGGGUACGGGAAUGCCGGCAGUGUAAACUAUAUGAUAUGGAUACAAGACAAACACAAGUAUUACAUUCAGUAAUUUUAAUAAUGGAAAGUGCUCUUUUUGGUAUGUUUGUUAUUGCAAUUUUGUAUGAUCAAAUGGAUGCUAUUUAUAAUGAUCAGACAACAAUUGAACAAACAGUCUAUAAACGUUCAAAUCCAUUACAUAGAUAUAUAUUUUCUGUUAUUUGUCGUUGGCCAAAAAUAUCUAGAUCUACAUCUAAAAUUAAUAUUCGAUCUGUAUGAUUUGUUUAUUGUUACUUAAGACUAGUUAAAUUAUUAAAUAUUGAAAUUCAUAUUAGCUAUAGGUACAUUAUAUUACGCAAGUAAUUCAUUAUGCAAAGCAAUUUAAACUCUGUGUUAUUAAAAUUGAUUAAAAACACAAAAUUAUAAAAUAUUUUAAUCUUAAAAAUGCUAAGCAAAACAGAGAUUGUAUUUGAUUUUACGAUUUUAUGUUGUUUUUUUUUUUUUUACUUAUGUUUAUUAUGGUACAAAUUACAAUUAUAUUUUGUCAUAUACAUAUAUUCUGUAAAUUAUAUCCCCUUGGUAUUUUCACAUUUGUCAUAAAUCAUAAUAUUCUUAUUUCUUCUCAGCAGCUACAUUUCUCUCAUUAUUAAAUUUUUUCCAAUUUAUUUCCAAAUUUCUUGCAGUUUAUUGACUGAUCUUAUUAUAACUGCUUGCUCUUCAAUUUAAAAUAUUUAUUUUAAUUCUUCCUUAACUUUACUAAUGUACUUUUUCCAUGCACAAAUAACUGUUAAAUAAUUGAUUUAUAGUAAAUAAAACAUUAAAAACUUAAAUAAAGUUUCAAACUUAUAAGAACACCUGAUAAUUUGUUAUUACAUUCAACUUUAAAAUUAUAAACUACUAUUCUAUUCUUAGGGCAAGUGAAGUGAUACUAGUACCCAGUUUCUGAACUAUUUUUUAUUUUAUUUAUUAAUUAGUAUAUCAUAAAGUUUAAAUGAUUUUUGUUACACUUGUUUUUAUUUUUAUAAAUUAAUUUUUAAGAAAUAUAUAAAUUAACAUGAUUUAUUUCAAUUUAAUGUUUACAUAUAAUUUAAAUUAUUUGUAUACCUAAUAUUUAAUUUUUUAAUUUUAAGAAAUUGAAUAAAAUGGUGCCUACAUA